AUGGAGAAGGAAGAUGAUGGCAUCCACUGCCAUCUUGAUUCCACCGGCGGCGGAGAGCAGGACGGUGAGAUGGGAUCUUACUUAUUGAUGUCCUUUGUGCUGGGCAUAUUGGUGGUUCCUAUUGUUGUGUAUGGACAGAGAGACGAAUCUGACAUCGAAGCUGUUAAUAUUGUCGUCGGUAUUAAUAUAAUAGCUAGAUUUCUAGGAGCAAUGGCUCUAGUCUUUGCCUUUGUGUCAAUUCAUCGAAAUGAAAGAGAAUGGAUCAGUGAAAAGCAUUUUUCAUCAAUUACUAAAAUCAAACUGGGAUUCUUAUUCGUUUUUGGAUUUGCUAAAAUUGUUUUCACUGUGAUUUAUGUCACAUUCUAUUUAAAAUGCAAAGAUUUAAUUUCACUGGAAUUAACAAGUAUCGUAGCAGCAGAGUGUUUUACAAGCAUAUUAUCUAUUCUUCUGCAACUGAGUUUUUUCUUUUAUGUGGGUAGAUACACGUUGAUAAACAGAACAGCAGUCAAAUAUGUUGCAUCUCUUAUUGCACUUGCGAACUUUACCGAUUUGUUGGUUUUAAUGACACUUGGUGUUAAAAAAAACAAGGACCUUAUAUUUGACAGUAACAACACAGCCACUAUUAACUGUACUGGAUACAGUACGAAUGAGGUAAAAAAUCUUAUUAUGGCAUCUAAUUCAUUUAGGACUCCGAUCGCUCUGCAGUUUUCUGCCUUGGCAAUCACCCUUGCUUUUAGUAUGAAUCGAGACAACGAACGACUCUUCAACAGAUGGAUCAUUCUAGGCAUGCAAUCCUCAUGGAACACCCCCCAACAGCUGAUAAAAAUAGUAACAAUAGUUGUUUUGAUGAACGUUCCUAUUUUGGUUUGUGCUCCUCUGAAUAUGGUGUAUCCUGAUAGCACAACUCAAAACCGAAUAUGGCUUAGGUUAUUGCUGGUUCGAAAAACAAUAACCUUUGUAUGCAUUUUAGUUAUUAACUACCUAAUAUUCAAAAAGCUGAAACUGUAUGUAAAGAAUGUGUCACUUAAUGCGAAUGAAACCGUACUUUUGUUCAGUGGGAUGGGUGUGGUGUCGUAUGCUGCAAUUCAAAUAUGUCUCCAACCGGAAAUUGAUUCGCUUUUGACAACACUUAUAGUUAUUAGUAUUUUAUCAAUACUAUAUCAAGUUACCUUAAUUCUAUUCGGCAGAAGAAUAGUACUUAUCGGAAAUGAAAUAUCAACCAUUAAUAACAUUAAACAAUUGGUGGUAAUCCUUGCCUGUAAUAAUAUAUCAAUCUGGUUUAACGACUUUCUUUAUGGAUUGUGGGAUAUGUCAAACGAUCAUGUCUUAAGACAUACUAUUUUCAAAUCCAUUGCCAUGAUGUUGUACCCUUUAUUAGCUUACUAUAGGUUUCAGUCAGCGAUUGAGCUCAUGGAAUUAUAUAGACAUGUUUCUUGA